GCUGGGACAGUUCCUCUACGCACAGUUUGGAGCUAGGAGGACGGGCUCUGUCUCUGCGCCUAGAUCUGUGUCCAAUCCCGUUCAUUCCCCGCUUCUCUCUCAUGCAUCAUGGGCUCCGUGCUGCCCGCCGACGCUCUGACUCUGAAGGCCGGGUUUAAGUGCUCCGGCCGCUCGCUGUCUGACGUGAUCACCUCGGACAUUCUGCACAGCUUCCUAUACGGCAGGUGGAGGAACGUGUUGGGCGAACACCUGGCGGAGGAGCGGCAGAGCGGCUGCAGCCCUAAGACCGCCUUCACGGCUGAGGUUCUGGCCCAGUCCUUCGCUGGAGAGGUGCAGAAGCUGUCCAGCUUGGUUCUGCCCAGCGAGGUGAUCAUCGCCCAAAGCUCCAUCCCAGGAGAAGGUCUGGGCAUCUUCUCAAAGACAUGGAUCAAAGCCGGGACCGAGAUGGGUCCCUUUACUGGGAGACUUCUGUCCCCCGAACAUGUGGACCUAUUCAAAAACAACAACCUCAUGUGGGAGGUGUUUAACGAGGAUGGGACAGUGCGGUACUUCAUCGAUGCCAGCCAGGAGGACCACCGGAGCUGGAUGACGUACAUAAAGUGCGCUCGGAACGAGCAGGAGCAGAACCUGGAGGUGGUGCAGAUUGGCAGCAGCAUCUUCUACAAAGCGGUGGAGACCAUCCCACCUGACCAGGAACUCCUUGUCUGGUAUGGAAACACGCACAACACAUUCCUGGGAAUACCUGGUGUUCCUGGAAUGGACGAAGAACAACAGAAGAAAAGCAGAAAUGAGGACUCCCACUCCAGUGAGGGUCCCUCUUCGUGCUCUCCUCCUACCUCCACCGCCACCUCCAGCGGCCGAAUGCGCUGCGUCAUUUGCCACCGGGGCUUCAACUCCCGCAGCAACCUGCGCUCCCACAUGCGCAUCCACACGCUGGACAAGCCCUUCGUGUGCCGCUUCUGCAACCGCCGCUUCAGCCAGUCGUCCACAUUGCGCAACCACGUCCGCCUGCACACCGGCGAGCGGCCCUACAAAUGCCACGUCUGUCAGAGCGCCUACUCGCAGCUGGCGGGCCUGAGGGCGCACCAGAAGAGCGCACGACACAAACCUGUGGCGCACGCCUCUGACGCGGCCCCUCAGGUAUCCCCUCCUCCUCCUGCUCCACAGAUGGCCGCCAUGCAGCAUCAGAUGCCCCUGGUGCACCACAUCCCCACCGUGGUGCUAUGAUACCAGACACCAAGUCAAGCUGUGACACAAAACAACGACGCACUUUAGACUUAGAGCUGUGGUGGAAAUGUAAAGAGAGUGGCUAUGUGAUCUUUAGGCAUCUGAUUUAAAAGUUUUUUUUUGUUUGUUUUUUUUGCCUUAUUAGUAAUGUCUGCACAUUUGGGCAUCACGUGGUCCAAUAUAAGCAUUAAGAUUCAUAAAUGCUAAUCGUGGGCUUAAAUCUAAUGAAAAACAAAUUUCUGUUGAUGCAUUUAUUUUGUUUUCUACACAUAAAGUCACUCAGAAUAAACAGAGUUGUAUUGAACUUAAAAUUUGGAGGUCAGAAAGAUGUUCUGAGGACUUUUAGCAGCUCAGGUGGAAGGUUUCAGUAACAGGUUUGUUGAGCCAGCAGAUUUAAAGGGCAUGUCCACAAUGAUCAAGGUGUACCCUCACUGUAAAAUAUAAAUGGUCACUUUAAACCUGUACAGGAUGGAGAUUUGUGUAAUUGUAAAAUUGUAUCAUGUCAAUGUAAAUACAGCUGUGCAUUCUUCUAUUCUAAAUAAAUGAUAUUAUGUGAUUUAA